AUGUUAAGACAGUGUAACAAUGUUUCAGCAUUUGCUGGUCACUGGACGCAGGAGCAUGAGCGCGCCCUGUGCCGCAAACACGCUAUUCGGGACUGCUGCGUGCGCCUUGAACGCCUCCAACACCACGAGGCUCUCGUCGCCAACGACACCCAAAACAUAACUCAAACUGACACGGAAUCAGAUACAGAGGAAGUACACACUAGAGUCGACUAUGAGAAACCAACAUGUGAUCUUUGUGGAGAAAGUUUUGUACUGAAAUCUGAUUUGAUGAAACAUAUCAUGAUUCAUAUCCAUGUACCUACCACACACCAUCCACAAGCGGGUACUGAUAGGGAAUCGGAUACUGAAGAGAAAAACAUCGAUAUUGACUGUGAGAAUGAACCUACAUGUGAAUUUUGUGGCGAAGAAUUUACUCUAGAAUCAAAUUUAAUGAAACAUGUUAUGAUCCAUAUGGACGUAGCUCGCACAAAACAAGUGUAUGAAAAUUCAGAAAUUCAUACUUAUGAGUGUGACGUUUGCGGUAAAAUAUUUCAGCGAAAAAAUAGCUUAAAGCAUCAUAUUAAAACACACUCGACCCAGUCAAAGUCUAAGGACUUUAAAUGGAAUAACAUAGGAGAGAAAUCAUACUACUGCGAAACAUGUGGAAAGCAUUUCCCAGCUAGAUAUCGGUUGAAAAACCAUUUAAUAAUUCACACGGACAUAAGACCAUAUUCGUGUGACGUAUGUGAAAAACGAUUUAGAUCUGGGAGUCAAUUAACAAUUCAUACACGGCUUCAUACUGGCGAAAAACCAUACCCAUGCAAGAUAUGUGGAAAGAGUUUCGCAUCUAAAAAUGGGCUGAAUGGACACAUACGAAUUCACCCUGGCUUUAGACCAUAUUCGUGUGACUUAUGUAAAAAACGAUUUAGAAGUAGGUAUGAUUUAAAAAUUCAUACACGGCUUCAUACUGGCGACAAACCAUACACAUGCAAGAUAUGUGGAAAGAGUUUCGCAGCUAAUAGUGUGCUGAAUGGACAUAUACGAAUUCACACUGGCUUUAGACCAUACGAUUGCGAAACAUGUGGAAAGCGUUUCCCAACUAGAAAACAGUUGAAUUUAUAA